CGAACCUAACGUUAGUGACAAAAAAAAGUCCGAACCUAACAUUAAUGACAAAAAAGAAAAAAAAUAUAGUUCAGUGUUAAAUUUCUAAACAAAUAAUAAGUUGUGUAGCAAAAAAAUCUAUUUUCAUCAAACACAAAACCCUUUAAAAUUACCCGCGGGCCGUGGAAACCACAAACUAGCAUAUAUAAAUACCACAUCAAUCCCCGCCAUUUGACACAGCCAGCCGUCUCUUGAAUUAGCCCUGAAACUUCUUGAAAGUGAAACAUACAGUCGUGCUUCUUGUUCAUACAGUAAUGGCUUCCAAACGCUCAAAGGUCUCAAGGGGUUCCAAACGAUCCAAAGCUGAUGAUAGAAUCAGCCAGCUCCCCGACUCGCUCCUUCUGAUGAUCCUCUCCUCGCUUUCGUUUCAAUCAGCUGUGCGUACCAGCGUCUUAUCCAAGAGAUGGAAGCCCCUCUACAUGUCGCUCCCGAGUCUCGAUAUCGACAAUGAUUUUCCCGAACAAUUCGAAGUAGAUUUCAUCAAUUCUAUCGAUAGGGUUUUGAUGAACAGGCCAGUUGAUUUAAAAAUUCAGCAAUUCGAUAUCACAUUUUAUAGGGAUUACGAUCCAAAGCUUGUUAAUCAGUGGGUUCAUAAGGCAUUACAACACCAAGUCGAAGAUUUAAGCCUAUUCUUUUUGCGUUCUGAGGCCGGGCCUCGUGAAUUGAUUCCGGAUAUCUUGCUUGAUAUUCCAGACCAUGUUAGCUUUUCCACGCUUAAAGCCCUUCGGUUGACUUAUGUAAUGUUUUCGACUUAUGAGUCAGUUGGGGGCCUUUUGCUCCACUGUCCAGUGCUGGAAGAUUUUUCCAUGGAGGAGUGUGAAGCACUUAGCGGCUCUUGUCUCGCAGUUCGUGGAUCAUCUUUGAAGAAUUUGAAGUUAACGGAUACUCACCAUGUUCAUAGAGAUACCAAGCUUGAGAUUGUAAUAGAUGCGCCGGGGUUACAGACUCUCGAAAUUGGAGACUUUACAAGGGCAGAAAUCGUAAUAUCUGUUGACAGCACUUUCUUGUCCCUCAGAAAAGCUCGUAUCGAUGUUGGGAUUGAACCAUCCCUGUUCCGGCUUUUUAAUAACAUUUAUCAUGUCAAGUGUCUGACUCUAGAUAAUAAGGCUAUUCGGGCCCUCGAAGAUGCAUCUGAGUAUUGUUUGCCCACAUUUCAUAAUUUAAUUCAGCUAGAGCUCUUGGUUGGUGAUUGGUCUUGUUGGAAUUUACUGCCAAACAUGCUUGCAAGCUCACCGAAACUUCAAACUCUUUUGCUUACAUUUGGGGUUCAUCUAAGACACACCAGCCGCAAGUAUAACGGGUUGCGGACUAGUCCAAAAGUUGCUCCAGAAUGCUUAUCGUCACAUCUAAAAAUGAUCGAUUUUCGAAUGUUCCAUGGAACAUAUGUUGAAUUAUCACUCGUCGAGUACAUGCUUUGGCAGGGGAAAGUUUUGAAAGGGAUAUCAAUAUUAUUUGCAGAACCGUGGCAAAAGACGUCAAGGAUUCGGGAGAAGGUGGAGAGCUUUUCCAGAGCUUCAAAAACUUGCAAGAUUGAAUAUUUACCAAAACUAGCAUAUAUAAGCCAUAUACACUACAUCAAUCCCCAUCAUUUGACACACCCAGCCGUCUCUUGCAUUAGCCCUGAAACUUCGCUAAAAGUGAAACACACAGUCCGACAUCUCGUUCAAACAGUCAUGGCUCCCAAAAGAUCGAAAGCUUCAAGGGGUUCGAGACGAUCGAAAGCUGAUGAUAGAAUCAGCCAGCUCCCUGACUCGGUCCUUUUAAUGAUCCUCUCAUUGCUUUCAUUUGAAUCGGCGGUGCGGACCAGCGUCUUGUCGAAGAGAUGGAGGCCCCUGUACAUGUCGCUCCCGAGUCUCCUUAUCGAUGAUGAUAAGUGUCCUGAAUAUUUCGAAGUAAAUUUCAUCAAUUCUAUCGAUAGGGUUUUGAUGGAGAGGCCAGAUGGUUUAAAGAUUCAGCAAUUGGGUCUGUCAUUUGGCAGCAAUUACGAUCCGACCCAGGUUAAUCAGUGGGUUGAUAAGGCAUUAAAACAACACGGAGUUGAAGAUUUAAGCCUAUCGUUUGAUCGUUCUGGUCCUGGGCCUUGUGAAUUGCUUCCGGGGGAGAUAUACACCAACGGAGGUUUACAAAAUGUGGCAAUCAGGGCGAGUAUCUUGCUUGAUAUUCCGGACUAUGUUAGUUUCCCCGAGCUUAAGGUUCUUCGGUUGGCUUGUGUUACGUUUUCGAGUUAUGAGUCAAUUGAGGACCUUUUGCUGGACUGUCCGGUGCUGGAAGAAUUUUCCAUGGAGGAGUGUAAUUCACGUAGCGGCUCUCGUCUUGUAGUUUGUGGAUCAUCGUUGAAGAAGUUGAAGUUAAGGGAUACUCGCAGUGUUGAUAGAAAUGCCACGCUUAAGAUUGUGAUAGAUGCACCGGGGUUAGAGACUCUCGAAAUUGUAGACUCUACAUGGGCAAGCGCAAGAAUCUCUAUUGCCAGCACUUUCUUGUCCCUCAGAGAAGCUCGUAUCGAUGUUGGGAUUAAACGAUCCGUGUUCCAGCUUUUUAAUAACAUUUAUCAUGUCAAGUGUCUGACUCUAGAUGAUAAGGCUAUUGGGGUCCUCGAUGAUGCAUCUGAGUAUUGUCUGCCCACAUUUCAUAAUUUGGUUCAGCUAGAGCUCUUGGUCGAUAAUUGGUCUUGCUGGAAAUUAUUGCCCAACAUGCUUGCAAGCUCACCAAAACUUCAGACUCUUUUGCUUACAUUUGGGGUUGAUCUAAUAAACACCUGCCGCAAGUAUGAUUACGGUUUGUGGACGAGUCCAAAAGUCGCUCCAGAAUGCUUAGCGUCACAUCUCACAAUGAUUGAUUUUGGAAUGUUCCAUGGAACAUAUGAUGAAUUAUAUCUCCUCGAGUACAUGCUUUGGCAGGGGAAAGUUUUGAGAAAGGUAUCAAUAUUAUGGGCAGAUUCGUCGCGAAAGACGUCAAGGAUUCGGAAGGAGGUGGAGAGCUUUUCCAGAGCUUCAAAAACUUGCAAGAUUGAAUAUUUAGACUGAUGUGUUUAACGUGUCAAAAAAAUAUUUGAGAAGACAAAUGCUCUCCGGAGGAAUUAUCAUAUACCAAAAAGAAUGCUUGCUAGUUGCUAUACAAGAGCUGCACUGAGUUAUCAUUCUGUUGUUGGUGAACUCUUAUGUUGUUGGAUUCUGAAGUUGAUACUUUGUUGGCUUUAUGUAUUCUAACUCUUUGAAUAAUUUAGGACUAAUGUUAUGCUUAUAUAUAUAUUAUUGUCUUGAUUAUUAAAUAUAAA